CGAAUAUUCGUUUUCCGAAUUUUCCGAUUCCGAGUGUAACGGACAUGGGAAGGUAUUCCAUGGCUGUAAUGGGUUGUGAGGUCGAAUUUCUUCCUGGAUGUAAAUUCUUAUUGAUCUUAUAGUUCUUUCCAACCAGUUCAAGAAGGCGAAAUCGUGAUUCAACCUGGUUCACCUUUCCACGGCUGGCUUUAAUUGCUCCCUGCCAAGAUGUUCAAGCGUUUGUUUAAGAAACGUAAGCGGGUUGAGAUUUCUGAACCUCAGAACUUUGAACAUCGAUUUCACACUGGAUAUGAUAACAGUACGGGCAAAUUUAUCGGUCUACCGCCACAGUGGGAAGCACUGCUUGGAAUACAGAGGGAAUCACAAAACAGACCUAAACCGAUUGUCGAUCCAGAAAUAAUCACUCAAGUUUCGCCACUGAGAAAAUCUCAGUGGAGUCUACUGAACUCUGAGGCAAAGGGUCCUGCCUCGAAAGUUAUUUCUGUUUCUCGCUCAAAUUCACUUCGCAAUUCAUUCCGAGUCAAUCAAGGCUCAAGGCCUUCGGCCAGAAGGCGAGAGAGAACGAGUACAGAACUUUCCGAAGACGUGAAUUCCACGCGCGCGUUUAACGGGAAAGUUCCACGGGCGGAAUAUAUUCGAGAACAUCCCGAAGAAAACAACCGUCGAUUUUCUCAAGGCUACGAACGCUCGCACAAUGGCAGGGAAAUCAAUCGACAGCAAAAGAUCCCUGCUAUAGAAAGAGAGACUUCAGCAAGUUCUGAUUAUGGCUCGGCGAGCACAGACUCUGGAGAAAACAAUGGCGAAGACCUCCGAAGCUCUUCCAAGACAAGACUCAUGUACUCUGAUUCCCCAGUCAGUCAUGAGCAGUUUCGAAAAGCGCUAGAAGUAGUUGUAACUUCAACUGGUCCUCCGGAGUAUCUGGACAAUUUUAUUAAAAUCGGCGAGGGCUCGACCGGGGUUGUCUGUCUUGCUCGAGAUAACAAAACAAAACGCCAAGUUGCAGUGAAGAAAAUGGAUUUGAAAAAACAACAACGAAGAGAACUCCUAUUUAAUGAGGUCGUGAUCAUGAGGGAUUAUCCCCAUCCUAACAUUGUAGAAAUGUAUGGAAGUUACCUUGUGGCAGAUGAGCUGUGGGUGGUGAUGGAAUUUCUCGAGGGAGGAUCAUUAACAGAUAUCAUCACUCAUACAAAUCUGUCAGAGGAACAGGUAUCUUGUGUGUGCCGUUCUGUGUUAAAAGCUCUGGCUUUCCUGCAUCCUCAGGGAGUCAUCCACCGAGAUAUCAAGAGUGACAGCAUUUUGCUCACCACAAGUGGGCAGGUAAAGCUCUCUGACUUUGGUUUUUGUGCACAAGUCACUGAUGAUAUGCCUAGAAGAAAGUCUCUUGUUGGCACUCCAUACUGGAUGGCACCAGAGGUGAUAUCAAGAAAACCAUAUGGCACAGAGGCUGAUAUUUGGUCUCUUGGGAUUAUGGUUCUUGAGAUGAUUGAAGGAGAACCUCCUUAUUUUAGUGAGCCGCCAUUACAGGCCAUGAGGAAAUUACGAGACUUGGAUCCACCAAUCUCAAGUAUGAAUAAUGAGAUGUCUCCUAGAAUGCUGUCAUUUUUGGAAAGGACUUUGGAUCGUGAUCCAGUGAAAAGAGCUUCUGCCUUUGAACUUCUCAAUCAUUCUUUCAUUCGUAGCACAGCAAACUCUACAUCUCUUGCUGACAUGAUGAAAAGUUUCAGACAUAGUGUUUGCUAGCCAAGAAGAGCUAAACAGGAAAUACAAGGAUUUCUCUCCCAGCAAGGCAAACUUCUCAUCAGAAUGUUGGUCUCUAUGAUUUUUUCACAAUGUAACUUGUCCCCCCUCAAGUCUUGGAAACAAGUCUUACAGACUUUGGUUUGCUAUAGCAAAGCAAUUGGUUUUUCACAGUUGUACCUUCCUAUGAUGGCUACGGUUGGAUGUCCAAAAUGUGGUCAUCAAUCAAAUACAGGUUUGUUAAGUGUGGGAUUGACUGGAGUACCUUCCUUUUUUAGGACCUAAAAAGUUUGUCUUAAUUAGAAGGUGGCCAUAUUAGCAGUAAUGGUUGUUAGUAGUGAAAAGAUGCACUGAGGUUGUUGUGGAAAGUGAAUUUCAGGUUAAAAUGAUUUAAGCUGGUUUGAAUAGUUUUUUUUUUCCCAAAAAUUUAAUGUUCUAGGUAAAUUACUAUUGAUGUUCAUUAAACAAAGUGAAAUAGGAGUCAAACUCUUGUGAAGUCAUUUUAACCUGAAAUUAUUCAAACUGCAACAAACAUACCUUUCAAUGUAGCUGGGUGCCGAGCUAUCAGUGAAAGUGCAUCAAAGUGUUAUUUUUAGUGCUAUGCAAUCUUUGUAGUAAAAAUUUCACCAAAAAUGAAUAAUAAGUCAAUGGAAUGUCAUUUAGAAUCAACAGUUCAGAAUCAAUUUGUAAAAUUAUUCAAGACACGUACAUGUAAAUACCUCUACACAAUGUAUAUUGACCAAUCUGGUUGUUGUAUGGCUUGCUUUAAAAUUUUUAAGCCUGCGUAGAACUGAAAGUGAUGGCCAAAGAAAUGAAAACAGUUAAUAUACAUUUUUUUACCUUCAUUAAUGUCUAGGUGUCUUAAGACUUUAGGUGAGAUUUGUUGGUCAAAAAUCUCAUCAAGAAGUUUUUGGCUGGUACCCAAAUCUCUUUUUGAUGUCAUUUUGGGUUCUUCUUUCAUUAGAUUAGGAGAAUUGAAGUCUUGUUUUCUCAAGGGAUUUGCUUUUUCUGAAAGA